GUUGGGCACAUGGCAUGCACGUCGUCGACGGUGCCGGUAGUGGUCAUGUCAUGCCGACCAUGAACUGCGCGCAUAUCCAGCAAGGUCAACGGCAGCCACCGCGGACGAAGGAACAUUCUUCUUCCAUUGCUGGCCUAUAAAUACAUUGCGUUGUUUUAGUUGGUGUUUCAUUCCCUGGCAGGCUCGACGUGAUCGUCGCAGUAAUAUCCAUCAACCGCCAUGGCCUCCUGCGUGCCGUCGUCGACCUUGUUCCGGAGGCUGCUGCUGGUGCUCCAGCUCGCGGUGGCGGCGCUGACGACCCUGGGCGCGCAGGCGCAGCUGCAGUACGGGUACUACAACGAGACGUGCCCGGGCGUGGAGGACCUGGUGCGCGACGCCCUGCUUGCCAAGUUCGCCGACGACGUGACGCUCCCCGCGGGCCUGCUCCGGCUCCACUUCCACGACUGUUUCGGCGCCGGGUGCGACGCCACCAUCAUGCUCAAGUCCCACAACGGGACGGCGCAGCGGGACGCGGACCCCAACUCGACGGUGCGCGGGUACGAGGCCAUCGAGGACGUGAAGGCCAAGGUGGAGGCGGCGUGCCCGCUGGUGGUGUCCUGCGCCGACAUCAUGGCCAUGGCCGCGCGCGACGCCGUGAACUACACCAAGGGCCCCGCGUACCAGGUGGAGACCGGGCGGCGCGACGGCAACGUGUCCCGCAAGGAGGACGCGCAGCGGCUCCUGCCCCCCGCCGACGGCAACGCCACCGUGCUGACGCGCUAUUUCGCCGCCCAGAAUUUGACGAUGAAGGACAUGGUGGUGCUGUCGGCGGCGCACACCCUCGGCGUCGCGCACUGCCCGUCCUUCUCCGGACGCCUGUACAACUACACCGGCGCCGGCGACCAGGACCCGUCGCUGGACGCGGCGUACGCCAAGAACCUGACGGAGGUGUGCUCGUCGCCGUCCGACGUGGCCAGCGUGCAGCCGCUGGACCCGGUGUCGCCGACCACCUUCGACAUGGGGUACUUCAAAUCCGUGUACAACCACCAGGCGCUGCUGGCCUCCGACGCUGCGCUGCUGGAGGACAGCCUCACCGGCGCCUACGUCAGGCUCAUGGCCACCAACGCCUCCUACUACGCCGACACCUUCUUCGCCGACUUCGCCGUCUCCAUGAUCAACAUGGGCAGGAUCGGCGUGCGCACCGCCACCGACGACGGCGAGAUCAGGGCUACAUGCGCCGUCUACGUCGACUGACUGACCGCCCGAUGACGACGCUCGCUUGCUGAGAUUUUUCACUUUUUCUUCUUUCAGUUUUCCAACAAGUUCGUUGCUCAUGCAUGCAUGGCACUUCUUAAAUGGCAUCGUUACGUUUUGAUGA